AUGGCAAUCAUUGGUCUGCACCGGAGGUAUUUGGAACGAGGGCCUACUUCCGGUCAGGUUCUAAACCUGCCAGCCUCCUCCUCAAAGAAAUCCGUCGCCAUGAUGAAGGUGUGUACCGUUGUAGAGUUGACUUCAGAAACACACCCACCCGCAGUUUCCGUGCCACCAGAGUACCCAGCCCUGUUCGACAAGUGGGGACGCCAGCUAAACGGGACUGUGGGUCCUCUUGAUGAAGGGGACGAGGUACAGCUUACUUGCCGUGUCAUAGGAGGUAAACCGGAACCUGAGGUGCGGUGGUUGGUGAACGGAGUCGUCGUCGAUGACGAAUACGAGCACAAUUCCGGGGAUGUAAUCGAGAACAGGCUCAACUGGCGGGCGGUCUCCAGGAAGGACCUCAACUCUAUCUUCAGCUGCGAGGCCAACAACACCUUACUCAGUGAGCCGAGGGAGUCCUCUGUCGUCCUACAGCUCUAUCUGCGCCCGUUAGUGGUUAAUAUCGUGAGCAAGCCAGAGAGGCUGGUCGCAGGAAACCGCUACGAGAUCAGCUGCGAAUCUGCCGGGUCGAGGCCACCCGCUGUAAUCACCUGGUACAAAGGGAAAAGGCUCCUCAGGAAAGUUAGGGAGGAAAUGGGUGAAGAAGCCAACAUCACAACGAGCCGUCUAACGUUCAUCCCUACAACUGACGACGAUGGGAAGCCAAUCACUUGCAGAGCCGAGAAUCCUAACGUCACUGGGCUCUACCUCGAUACAAACUGGAAUCUUCAUGGAGAAUUGCUUAAUCACAACAUGUCUGCUAGGCUCAUCCUAAUAAACCUAAGUCUAGUAUUGCAAAAAGUGACGCGGCACAACAGUGGUCUGUAUUCUUGCCUGGCAGCAAACGAAGAAGGAGAAACAAGGAGUUCAUUAUUUCAUUUAAGAGUGAAAUAUUCACCAAGUUGCAAGUUUGAUCGUGUGAUGGUAGUUGGCGCAUCUAGAGCUGAGAGUCUUGAUAUACCUUGUCAAGUAGAUGCAGAUCCUCCUGCUACCAGUUUCAGAUGGAAGUUUAACAAUUCCGGAGAAACGCUGGAAGUAGGACCAGAACGAUUUUCAGUCAAUGGGACAACCAGUGUUUUGCGUUACACUCCGAUAGCAGAUUUGGAUUAUGGAACAUUAUCUUGCUGGGCUGAAAAUAGUAUUGCUCUUCAAUCAAUUCCUUGUUUAUUUCAAGUAGUUGCUGCUGGAAAGCCAUAUCCUGUCCGUAACUGCACAAUAGGCAAUGAGACCUCAAACUCAUUAGUGGUAACUUGUCAAGCAGGAUCUGAUGGCGGUCUUCCACAAUAUUUUUUCCUCGAAGUCUAUGUUGGUGAAUUUAAGAGAAUCAAUCUUACAGCUUCAGAACUUCCUUAUUUUCAGAUAUCUGAAUUACAACCUGAAAUAUCCUAUACCUUUCUCAUUUAUUCAGUUAAUUCAAAAGGAAGAAGUUCUCCUACGAGUAUAGGAGAUGUUGUGCUCAAAGACUUUGACAAAAGAGGAGGUGAAGAAGUAGAUGUAACCAUUCCUCCAGCUAUUGUAAUUGCAUCAGGCGUUGGUAUCAUCAUUAUAAUUUUCGCAAUCUUUGUUUCACGUAAAUUUAUCCCAUCCAGAGAAACUCGAAAUACAUUACAAGAAAAGCCUUCUACAAUCUUUGUUUCUCAAGUCAAACAACAGGGUAAUGAUUCUGAAGAAAAAGAUCCUGAUAUCAUCCCUAUCAAAUAUGAACCUAACCCAAGAUCCGACAUUAGAUGUGGAGAGGGAGCAUUAGGAAAAGAACCAGGGGAUUGGCACAUUCCUGACUCCAUGCAGAAUGGAAAAGGACUAUGGAGAGAAGAUCACAUCCUUGAACCAGAACUUAAUGGAAAUGCCAUUAAAGAAAGACUUAUGACAAGCCAACUUCCAGAAAGCUGUGUAUGAUUGAUUAGUCCAUGUUUUUAAUGUUUUUUGUAAUUUUUAAAUUUCAAAUAAAAAUAGUUUUUGAAUGCUUACCUGAAAGUUUUGAUGUAAAGUGUGGGGUCCUAUUUCAAUGUUGUUCUAUUUUCUAAUUGUAUAGAAUUUAGAAAAUUAAUAGGAAAUGAAAGUUGUCUUAGGGAAAGGAAUGCCCAUAUUCAAAUUUUAUUUAUUUCCAAAUUAUAAACUUUAUCUUUUAAUUUAACAUUUAAUUUUAUUGUAAAUUAAAUAUUUUUUUACCAAAUAAAAAUUGAAUGAUUUUUAUUUUAAAAUUAGUCAAUGCCUCAUAAUCCUGAAUAAUAGGGACAUCAGCAGCUGGCAAAAAUAUUGCAAGGAUUAUUCAAAGAGGAAAGGAAAAUAAGAACAUUCCAUUGCAUGUAUUAUCAUGUAACUUACAAAUCAGAAAUAAC